GUUGACUUAAGUAGAGUGCGCUCGAGUAGUGAGUAUUUUAUGGUACCCAAGCAUACAGUGACACGGACUCGUGGAUUGAAAAUCUCAUUAUAUUAAUGGCGGUAUUGUAUCCCGAGGUGCGUGCAAACUGCUCGACCAAUUGAUCAGUGACGAUUUCGUGUUCAGUGGUGGUUCUUUGUAAGCCAUUAGUUAGUGGUCGCCGUGAGACCCGAACUGCAUUUGAAUUGCAUUCGAGAGUGGUCGGUGAACGGUACCGGGAGAGCCUGUCUUUCUUUCACCAAAGAUCACCGAGAACCGAACGCGACGUCGAUGACUCUGCCGAAAGGAAAACGGUCGUGGUAGCACGUUCUUCCGCGUCCAGCUAUUGAGGUUAGUCAGAAAAGUAUUGGUUUCCAAUAACAGUAUUCCAGCCGGUCCGCUCCGUGAAGUGUCACAACGGUUGAUAUUCCACUCCCCUUUGUCGGAGGGUUCUUUAAAUGACAAGCGAUCAUGGCAAUGUCUGGGUCUGAUAGAAAGCCGAGAGUCGUGGUUCUAGGAGGAUGCGGUUUCAUAGGACGUAAUCUCGUCGAGUAUCUGUUGGAUAACGAUCUCGUCUCGUUCGUGCGCGUCGUGGACAAAGUACCACCGCAGACUGCUUGGCUCAACGCUAAACACCAACAAAUAUUUGAGCAUCCCUCGCUUGAAUUUAAGAGCGCGAAUUUAAUUAAUACAGUAUCUUGUCAAAAUGCAUUUGCGUCUGAUGAUCCGUUUGAUUAUGUGAUUAAUUGUGCCGGGGAAACGAAGAGUGGUCAGACUGACCCUGUGUACAAAGAAGGAAUCUACAAGCUGAGCAUGAACUGUGCUCAACAAGCAGCGAAAUUACAAGUCGAACGUUAUGUAGAGAUAUCUUCUGGUAAUUUUAAUGCUUCCGAAAAAAAUCCUCAUAAAGAAGAUGAGAUUGGAGAACCUUGGACAUAUGUUGCAAAAUAUAAGCUGCAAGUAGAGAACGAUUUAAAGAAUGUACCAAAUUUAAAAUACACAGUGCUUAGACCAGCUAUUGUGUAUGGGUGUGGAGACAAAACUGGUCUAGCACCACGUUUGGUAGUAGGAGCAGUUUAUAAGCAUUUAGGAGAAAUGAUGAAAUUACUUUGGGGACCAGAUCUUCAUAUGAAUACAGUUCACGUAAGAGAUGUAGCUAGAGCUAUCUGGUAUGUAGCAAAUAGGCCAGAUACAAUGGGCCAAACAUAUAAUGUCGUUGAUGAAGGUGAUUCAACUCAAGGAUCAAUCAGUGCUAUAGUUUCUGAAUUAUUUAAUAUCAAUCAUGAUUACUGGGGCACUACACUGUCUACAUUCGCUAAAACAGAUAUGAGCUCUGUAGUGGAAGAAGUGAAUGACAAGCAUAUGGGACCCUGGGCAGAAGCUUGCAAUAAGGAUGGAGUGGAGAAUAGUCCUUUAUCCCCGUACAUAGACCAAGAACUUCUCUACAACAAACAUUUGUAUUUACAACCAGGAAAAUUAUUAAGUACUGGGUUCACUUAUAUGUAUCCGAAACUCACAAAUUCAGCUCUGAAAGAGGUUCUCGAUGAUUAUGUGAGCAUGAAGAUAUUUCCACAUUCAUUGGUCCUAUGAAAUGUAGCAAUGCAAACUGCCAAGAUGAAUUAUUGAAACAGCUUACAAUGAUUUGUAUAAAUAACUUUUUGGAGCGUUUCACCUUGUGCCUAGUAAUCUAUGCAAGUUAUGUACUUUAUUGUAUGUUAUACAUUUUACUCGUAUUUUACCCGCUAACAAAUACUGUUAGUCAAGUUUAUAGAGUAUACAAGAUGGAAUACGAAGAUUUCAUAUAGUAAGCCUAUCUGCAAAUGUGAUAAACUAGGAAUUAAUGUACUUAAUUUUAUCAUAGUUUGAGCUAUGAAAAAUGUUUGCACGUUAACGUUGGCUAGUCAGUUUUUGACUCGUGUAUAAGGGAAUAACGUGAAGUUGGAAAAAUACUGAAGUGCAAACACGAGACUAGAUAUUUACAUGCCGAAACUUAAUAUAUUAUAGCAUGUAGACGUUGUUUGGAUGAAUAUUUUAGAGAAUUAUGUACAUCGUCAAAAAAUGCUUUUUAUAAUGCAUUUCUCCAAGACUGGAAAAAUAAAUAUAAUUGUUAAAAUGAAAAAAGAGAUAACUGAGAUGGGAUUCAUAGAAAGUUAGGAGGGACUUUACGUUUUUAUAUCCACUGCAUUCCAAUAUAUAGAUCUUCCAUUGAGCUGUGACUCGGGACUUCAGAAAUCUUUUUAUUCCAAGCAAAUAAUAACGGUUUCGUAAGUUUAGAAAUAUUAGAUACAUUCGAAUUAUAUAAUGUAUUAAAUCAAGUACAAAUAAUAUUACUUAAGCUAGAAAAAUAUUUCUAAAACGCCAAACACAUGAAAUUUGAGUAGGUUUAUUACACGAAAAAAACGGUAAGCCUAAUUUUGCAUCGGAUUGUAUAACAAAAUAAAUGCAUAGGCUAACGGCACGUAACUGCCAAUUAAAAUUAAUAGUAUUACUCUUUUGAAACAAUU